CCUUCACACCUACACUUUCUUUAUAAACUUCGCUAGCCCAUAACAACUAUAUAUAAAAACACACUUUAUCGACACACAGUCCAAUUGUGUAUCACCAAAAAUGGCAAUGAGUAUGGGGUAUUACGGUGAUACCGCCAUGAAAAAGACCCCCGGUGGCGGCGUAGGUGGCAGAUACGAUGUUCCGGAGGGAGUAGACAUCAGAGGGAGAUAUGACGAAGAGUUUGCCAAGAUUCUUACGAAAGAUGCUUUGAUAUUUGUGGCUGCUUUACAGAGAGAGUUCAGGAACCAUGUUAAGUAUGCAAUGGAGUGUAGGAAAGAGGCUAAGAUGCGGUAUAAUUCCGGUGGGUUGCCAGGUUUUGAUCCAGCAACGAAGAGCGUAAGAGAUGGGGAUUGGAUGUGCGCGGAGGUGCCGCCGGCGGUGGCUGAUCGGAGAGUAGAGAUAACGGGUCCGGUGGAGAGGAAGAUGAUCAUUAAUGCACUUAAUUCUGGAGCUAAGGUUGUUAUGGCUGAUUUUGAAGAUGCACUAUCGCCAACAUGGGAGAACCUAAUGAAAGGACAAGUGAACUUAAAGGAUGCUGUUAAUGGCACAAUCAGCUUUCAGGACAAAGCUAGAAACAGGGUAUACAAACUCAAUGAUCAAAUCGCCAAGCUCUUUGUUCGUCCCAGAGGCUGGCACCUACCUGAGUCCCACAUCUUCAUCGAUGGUGAACCAGCAAUCGGUUGCCUCGUUGAUUUCGGCCUCUAUUUCCACCACAACCACGCAGCAUUCCGUAAAACACAAGGUGAAGGAUACGGGCCUUUCUUCUAUCUCCCUAAAAUGGAAAAUUCCAGGGAAGCGAGGAUAUGGAACAAUGUGUUUGAACGUGCUGAGAAAAUGGGGGGAAUUGAGAAAGGUAGCAUCCGAGCAACCGUCCUAAUCGAGACGCUGCCGGCGGUUUUCCAAAUGGAUGAGAUUUUAUACGAGUUAAGGGAUCAUUCGGUUGGUUUGAACUGUGGAAGAUGGGACUACAUAUUCAGCUAUGUCAAAACAUUCCAGGCUCACCCAGACCGCUUGUUACCCGACCGGGUCCUAGUCGGUAUGGGCCAACAUUUCAUGAGAAGCUACUCUGAUCUUCUCAUCCGUACAUGCCACAGGCGUGGCGUCCACGCCAUGGGAGGAAUGGCUGCACAGAUUCCGAUUAGGGAUGAUCCAGAAGCGAAUGCAGCAGCACUUGAGCUAGUGAAGAAAGAUAAGCUAAGAGAGGUACGCGCAGGGCACGAUGGAACAUGGGCAGCCCAUCCGGGCCUGAUUCCAGCCAUCAUGGAGGUCUUCACCAACAACAUGAACAACUCUCCAAACCUAAUCCAAACCAUGAAGCGUGAAGAUGCUGCAAGUUUGACGGAAGAAGAUUUGUUGCAGAUUCCAAGAGGGGUUCGAACCAUUGAAGGUCUUAGGCUCAACACACGGGUUGGGAUCCAGUAUGUAGCGGCCUGGCUCACAGGGACAGGGUCUGUCCCGCUUUAUAAUCUGAUGGAAGAUGCUGCAACUGCUGAAAUUAGUCGUGUUCAGAAUUGGCAGUGGUUGAAAUAUGGAGUGGAAUUGGAUGGCGAUGGGGUUGGUGUUAAGGUGACCCAUGAGCUUUUUGGGAAGGUGGUUGAAGAAGAAAUGGCGAGGAUUGAACGUGAAGUAGGGAUGGAGAGGUUUAAGAAGGGCAUGUAUAAGGAGGCUUGCAAGUUAUUCACACGCCAAUGUACUGCUCCUGUACUUGAUGAUUUUCUCACCCUGAAUGCCUAUAAUCAUAUAGUCGUUCAUCAUCCCAGAGGAUCAUCCAAGCUUUAAACCAGAACAGGAAUUCCUUGGUUAUUAUCAAUUUCAAGGGGUUUUAGUUGCGAUGGCAACAGACUAUUCUAGCUAAAUAAUGAGAUAUGUUGUUUUGAUGUUUAAUAAUGCUUUAUGAAUGUAAUGUCGUAUCUCCUACUUUCUUGUAUUGUUUGCCCU